GCGUUUAAAAGGUAUCUCGAUACUAAAUGUAUUUCAAAUGCAAUACUGGCACGACUAAAUGUGUUUGAAAUUAUAAAAAUAAAUAUAUUUGUUUAAGUAUCUUCUUAUUAGUAUUGUUUUUUUUUUUUGCAACAUUAUAGAAUAAUUUUGAUUUGGAGUUUUAUAGAGUACAUACACAUGGCUGGUGUUUUGUCUAAACUUGAUAAAAAUUUCAACAAAUAUCGGAAAUCAUAUUUGGAGGAAACCAUGGAGACAAACAAACUGUCGAAUUUGUCCGAAACAGGGUUCUCUGCUAAAACUGACUGUAACCAACAUCUAUCUGAUGUCAAAACCGCUGAUGUAAAGGCUGAGAACAACAAUACUUCCGGUUGUCGUCUAAGAAACCGCACGAAAAAGGUAAGAAAAAAUACGAAAAGAAACAUGGCCGACUCUAACGACGUUACAACGGAAAGAAAUGUACCUGAUAGAGAUGUAAGUAAUGCUAAUGAUGACGCGGCGGAAAGAAAUACCUCUGAUGGAAUUUUAACGAAUACUGAUGGUCUAAGACCAGAGAGAACUAGUUUAAACACAGACCAAACUGAUUCAGUUGAUACAAGAACAGAUGGUCAAAGUGAAUCUAAUAGAAACCGAGAAAUUACUGAGAACAACUCGAGACAAGGUGCUAAUGGGACAGCUCAAAGCAAGGAAUCGUUCAGUGAUAGGUUAGGAAUUGUAAUAUUCAAUCCAAAAUAUAGGCAAUAUGCGACUCAAGAAUCAAGGUUAAAAUCUUACAAAAAUUGGCCGAAAGAUAAGAAAGUCAACGUAAGUACAUUAGUAGAUGCUGGUUUUGCAUAUACCGGGGUAGGAGACUCUGUACGAUGCUUUUAUUGUGGAGGGGCCUUCAAAGACUGGUCCGAUGACUCUGAUCCCUGGAAGGAACAUGCUUUAUAUUUUCCACACUGUGGGCAUAUUCGUCAAUGUAAAGGUGUUGCGUACAUUAAGCACAUUUGCGGUGAAGGUGAUAGUGACUAUGAAAUUGAUGGUGAUGAUGACGAUGUGCUAAUAGACAGAGUGAAACUUGUCAUGAAACGUAAUGAAACUGCUGUCAUGGCUGCAAGGGACUUUUGUGCAGACGAAAGCCUUCUUAGAGAUGGAGUUAAAAGAAUACUUAAAGAAAAUAAAGAAACAUUUUCUGGCGUAGAUCUCAUUAACGCGACAGAGGAGAUAAAAGACGAGCGACGACAAAAAAUAACCGAACUUACGGAGACAGCUUGUCUAGAAAAUGAUUCAUCGGACGAGUCAGAAGCAGAGGUCAAUAGAAUGGAACUACUGGAAGAAAAUAGAAAACUAAAAGAUCCUGUCUUAUGUAAGAUAUGUCUUGAUAAGAUUGCCACAAUUAUAACAUUACCUUGUGGUCAUAUGUCCAGUUGUUCUCAAUGUAUUUCGGCUUUGUCUACAUGCGCUAUAUGUAGAGCUCGGAUAAAAGGGACUGUUCGGGCUUUAAUGGUUGUUUAAAUUAAUAAAGCAGAAUUGUUCGUAUUAUAAUUCUACGGUUAACAAGUUGACAACCUGCAGGCAUUGCUUACAAUUUAUAUAGUUUUAUAACGACAAGAAAGUUUAUUUAUGACAGUCGCUAUAAUUAUGCGCUUACUACAUCAGUCUGAAUUUUGAACUAUACAUAUGUGUUAUGAAAGUCCAUACAUAGUGGCUUAUUAUAGAAUGGUACUGACAUUACACACACACACACAUGGUAUACCAUUACUGUGCUAAAUUUGUGAAAAGGAUUGUUUUAAACUUUUUUCUAUAAUAUAAUCAUAUAAUUCAUAUAAUUUCUACAUU